GAUCGGAAGAUAGGCAGUGCAAAGGAACAGGAUUAGAGACAGCCCAGGGUUUCCUCUUCAAGUAGCUUUAAAACAUUUUUCCUCUCUCUCUCUCUCUCUCUCUCUCUCUCUCUCUCUCUCUCUCUCUCUAACUUCCUUCCUGUUCUAACUGCCAGUACUCAGAAGUCAGAGUUGAGAGACAGAGGUACCCGGACAGACUGCAGAGACGUGACGCGAAGCCCGGAAUUAAAGAGACAUCAAGAUGACUGAGAAGGAGGCCCAGCCACAGCUGGAGGAGGGGGACGAUGACCUGGACAGCAAGCUCAAUUACAAGCCUCCCCCUCAGAAGUCCCUGAAGGAGCUGCAGGAGAUGGAUAAAGAUGAUGAGAGUCUAGCCAAGUACAAGAAAACGCUGCUGGGAGAUGGUCCCGUGGUAGCAGACCCAACAGUCCCCAAUGUGACUGUUACCCGCCUCAGCCUUGUGUGUGACAGUGCACCAGGACCAAUCACCAUGGACCUUACUGGUGAUCUUGAAGCCCUCAAAAAGGAAACAUUUGUGCUAAAGGAAGGUAUUGACUACAGGGUCAAAAUUAACUUCAAAGUGAACAAGGAUAUUGUCUCCGGCCUGAAGUACGUUCAGCACACGUACCGGACUGGGAUGAAAGUGGAUAAAGCUACAUUCAUGGUUGGCAGCUACGGGCCUCGGCAGGAGGAAUACGAGUUCCUCACUCCAUCGGAGGAGGCCCCCAAGGGCAUGCUGGCCCGGGGCACGUACCAUAACAAGUCCUUCUUCACCGAUGACGACAAGCAGGACCACCUCACCUGGGAAUGGAACCUGGCCAUUAAGAAGGAUUGGACAGAUUGAGCGUCUCUGUGCCUCCCUCCACCUUCCCCACCAGAAGAAUCCUCCCAGCCAUGCUCAUCAGUCCUCCCCCUUCCCUCCCUGUUUGCUUCUGGGUCCAUUCUCUAACACACACACACACACACACACACACACGUGUCUUCUCAUUGAUUUGGUUUUUUGUUUUGUUUUGGUUUUUUUUUUUGGUUUUGUUUUUUAUCUUACUCUAUCUCUCAAGUGUUUCCUACAUGUGAGACUUAAAACCUAGGCUUUAACCCAGCAUGUUCCCUCAGACUUUCUCCCCCCGAGCAUGGUCAGCCUCCCGAAGCUCUCCGCCUCUUUAGUACCACCCUCCCUUCUUCCAGUGUGAGUGCUGAAGGCGAGCUCCACUAACGGCUCCUUUGCCUUCUGUUCAGAAACUCAUUCUUGCCACUGGAUCCUUCUGGUUCAACGCACCCCCUCCUCACCUUCCCUGCCAGCGAGGGUUCUUCUUUUGUGGGAAACACUGUAUACAACACAGAGGAACAGAAUAAAAUAGUUGUGUGUGUGACUGAGAA